AUUGCAAAUGGCGGCUCUUGUUAUUGUUCCGUAGCGUUUAUGACUUUGUCCAUUAUUAUGUCCGCUUUUUCUACAUUUUUAGGUAAGAUGACAUGAGUAAUCAAAUAAUACGAAGUUUCUUGUGUGUGAUGAUUCGUUUUAAAGUGGUGUGCAGUGAUGGAUUGGUUCUCAAAGCAAGUUAAUGGAUAUACGAAAAUUGGGUUGUUUCUUCAUAUGCAGUAGUAGCCUAUUUUUGUGAGGAAAUGUUGGCCUGUUGAAAUGGCCGCAGACAGUGACGGAGGAGGACAGUUGGUUGAAACUAUCGUUACAUGUGAAGGCGACAUCACAGACCCCCAGUUCCCUCAGAAGUUUAAGAAAAUCGUUCAGAAACUACGUUUUUUACUCUGCGACGGUAACGGAGAAUCACUAAGAGUGGCUAAGGUAGAGCCAUGGAAUUCUGUGCGUGUGACAUUCACCAUCCCGCGGGAUGCGGCGCAACGGCUGCGACAACUGGCGCAAGCUGGGGAUGCGGCACUGCACCAGAUGGGCAUCCUCAGUGUACAAGUGGAAGGGGAUCAGGUGAUAUCACUCCGCCUAGCUGGCAGGUUUGGUGGGGAGGGGCAGGAGAUCGUGUUACGAACUGCAGACGCCUCAACCUCCGCAGCCUCCACCAGCGCAGACGUUGCAGCAGUCGCAGGACCUUCCUCCACGCAGUUCCGCAGCCCCAAUGUGGUUGCCCCCUCUGACGGGGACCCCAUCCCUCCCUUCCCCUCUGCCAACAAGAGCUCUCCCCCCUCUACCUUCCCCUUUGCCAGUAUGACUCACGCCGCCUCUGCUAUACAGAGCCGGGCGGAGCCACAUUUUCCUGCGCCGCCCCCACCGCCACCUUACCCUGAGGCGGCUCCCAAUGUGGCGUUGUCCAGCCCUCUGCUGGUCAACCUGCUGCAGAAUGACGGAUCUCCAGGCCCCUCCACUUCAAAGAUGCCACCUCCGGCUAGCAACCCCACUGCUCCCUCCGCCUUUGUACCCUGUCAGAGGCUACCUGUGGGGGUGAAGCCACCAACACCUGUGUACGCCCAGCGACCACCUGUCGUGGCCACUCCGACACCCGCUCAGCCUUUCAACUCACCUCAGGUAAUCAGUCGAAUGCCGCUACAGACGGGUCAGCCACAGGUGGUGUUACCUCAGAGGACAGUCCCUCUGACUCAGAGGCUAGUGUCUCCCAGCAAUCCUCAACCUCCAGUGUACAACACACAACAAUCCUCAGUACGCUACCCUCCCACCAAGACACCUCAGCUGCCUAUCAAGACAACUGUUGUCAAUCAGCAGAGGCUCUUCACACCUCACCAACAGCAACAACCCACUCAGAUGCCUUUAUCCAACUCACACAAUCCUCUACUUCACCAGAACCAGAUAGCUACGACGACGGGGCUCGUGGUGAGGCCGCCUCAACAGAGGAUAUUCCAAACAAGGCAGACCCUGGAGCAGCGAGAGGCUACGUUGCCAGUCAUUCAGCAUGCCGUCAGACAACCACAGAACCCUGUGGUGAACUUUCCCCCUCCCUCUCCUGCCCCUGUCACCAACCCACCUCCCUACCCGAGGAUGCCCAAUCCUGUGCUGAGAUUCCCCACGACACAAGACCCUCCUGUCACGCAGGAGGAGAAGGUGACAGGAAGUGAAGAGAAGGCUCCUGAACCUGUCAAGGAAGAAAAGGAGCCUACUCCCCCGGCCUCACCUCAGCUAACAUCAAACGGCAAGAAAAGGCAAUACUUAAUAAACCCUCUGACGGGGCAUUUAGAACCGAUGCCUAGCGAGAGCAGUUCAGACAGUGAACCAGAAGAGAAUGUGCCUAACUCAACGUCCCAGUCUAACUUGGACGAUCCUUUUUUCACAUUCCCAUCACCACUGAAUGACCGGUCAAACUCUGUAUAUUCGGAUGAUGAUGAUGACGUCAGUUCGACAGUUUCUCGACGUGCUGAUACCACCACGACAGACCAGUCAGACUCUGAAGCCACAAACAGGUCUACUAACAGUGAAGCAUCAUCUGUAGUCAGGCAUCGAGUGAAAGCGACGUCUAGUCCUGCGCCGGGCGAGAAAAUCAAACUGAGGCUCAAGUUGGAGAAGCCAAACGAACCUGUAACAUCGGCUUAUAAAGUAGAUUUUGUCAAUGUGCCACAAGCCAGGAAGGCAGAUAAAGGUGUGACCCGAAUGUUCUCUAGCACAGGAGUAGCGGGACCUUCGGUGCCGGGAGAAGAGCCUAGAGUACCUCCACUGCAUAUCUCUUUACGGGGCAGAGCUGCUGUUGUAGUUGGCUCUAAGAAGGACAAAAAGUACUCAUCCAAGGAAUCCAAAGAAGGGAAAAAGUCUAGUAGUAAAGUUAAAACCAAAGCUCUGCUUGAAGAUUGUGUCGGAACGACGGUGGUAAAAAAGUGCAGCACAGGUGAUAAGAUUUCUACAAAAGCAGUAAUCAAGUCCAGUUCAUUUGAACCGGGCGAAGUGAAAGUGCGAACAAAGUCCAAAGGAAGGACGGCUUGUGACCAUGACAAUGAGGACGAAAUAUCCGAACCGCGGAUCAUCGAACCGGGCGAGAUAGUUUUACCGUGCAAUCAACAUCAAUUACAGACUCCUGUCAGGACAUUCCCCACCCAGGAAGAGGUAGCCUCGAUAUUGAGAUCCAUGCCUUCAACGGGCGGCCACCAUAAACUGAGUUUGAGUGGUAAAGUAAAGAAACGGGACUCAAAAAAGAAGCUUUAUCCGAGAGAGCGGGGGUUGUUAUCGGGCGGUAGGAUAUCUGAAGAGGGAAGUGGGGGAAGCAGUGGGGUCAAGAGUAGUGUGCAAAGGAAAACGGGUAAAAAUAGUAAUGUUUCGUUGUUAAAGAGUGUGGUGAAAACCGCAUCGAAAGAAGCCCGAAUGAUGGCUGCCGCAAGGCAUAUGAACAGUCAGCUGAACAGUGAACGGCAACGGGUUACCAACGCUAACACUGCCCUAGGCAACGGAGUCGUGCAGAGGAGGCCAAGCAACACCGCCACUGAUAAUAAAGACAUCAGCUUUACAACAGGUACUCAAUCACUGGUGCCUGUGAAGCCAACGACGCAGCCAUCAUCGCCUCAUGUGCCAUUCCGCCAUAACUGCUUGACCGAGCUAGCAGCUGAUACGCGCAAGGAUUAUAAGACCAGCAAACGACUGGACGCCAAACGCAACAACCAGGCUGCUCACUUCACUAAGAAGGUAUCUGAAGAAAGGAAACCCACCAUUCUGACAGUAAACAGAGUCCAAGUGAUGGAACCACUCUUACCUAGAGUGUCAGUUAAUUCUACCAAGCAGUCUGGACCCAGCCUGCCUGUCAGUGAGUUGGACGUGUCGGAGAAGAAGGUGAAAGAACGUCUGCUAGAGGAGGAAGUGGGCAAGAAGGAUAUGGAACCCAGUGACUCUGUGCAAACGGACAUAAAGAGUGAAGUGGAGUGUUGUACGGUGAAACCAGUGGUGGCAGAGAUAACAGCUAGAGUGGGAGGAGGGGGAGAAAGUCCUGCGGGGGGAGGGGAGCAGGGCAACACGCAAGGUGAAGAUUCAGGGAUAGAAUCCAUGGACGCUCUGUCAGAAAAGUCACCCAACCAGGGCGAAUCCCCUUGUCGCAAAGACGAUAAAGAUCCUAGUGGAAUAGUACCUGCCUCUAAUUCUAAUUUAGAAAAAACACGGACUAAAAGCGGUGAGGGAGAAACCCCGCCUCCUGUUAGUGUUUCUAGUGUUAAAGUCGAGGGCGCGAGUGAUAGUGUCAAUGUCACGGACAAAAGUGCCGAUCGAACUGAACCCCCGGUACCUAUACCCGUUGUUGAUACAUCUAUAAGUAAAAGUGAACCUACCGUAGUUGAAAAACAGACUGAUAGCGAUAACGUUAAAGAAGAAGGGCCGAGUUUGGAAGGUAAACCGGUAACGGAACCGACUGUCUUGAACUCUCCCACGUUAGAAGAUCCUCAACCUAUUAGAAUUACCCCGGCCCUGUAUACCUACUCUAACCCCGAGAAGCAUAGAGAAGACACCCCCUCGCCUAGCCCUGCUGAGGAGGAACCGACCACUCCGGUGCUGGAGAGUCCUCCUCCUGCUGUGCAACUUCCCCCAGCCAGGGCUAAGAGAAAAAGGAAGCAGGACCUGGAGGAACGGCUGGAAGACGGUAAACCCAGUUUAGAGCCUACAACAGAGGCUCCUGCGGAGAAGCAGAAACCUGCACUGGACUCGGUGAGGACGCCGAGGUCAGGCAGCGGUGGAAAGUCUCUGUUGGAGCAGCUGCUGAUAGAAAUACCCUCUGAGCAGAGCUUGGAGCAGCGGCGAACACGAAAUACUCGCUCUCACUCUAACAGGAUGGGUCACCCGAGUCCGGACGUCGGGUCCAGCGGGUCUCGUACACCCAAGGUCAGUCCCAACUCCAUGACGCCCCCAGCGAUACGACAGCCUUCCAAACGUACCAGGCGAGGCUCAGAGAGUUCCAACGCCUCUCAUGAUGACUUGCCUUCCUCCGCACCCAGACCAAGCAAACGGAAGUGCUCAGAGAAUGCUGCCGAACUGAUAAAAGCAUGCAUGGGGUUGGAGGAAUACCAAGGAAAGAAACCAGCAGAUGUGGAAACUAUCAAACCCAAAAAAGGAGCGAGUUCAACUUCGGCAGAAGGUGUGGAAUCGUCAGACGAUGAGCCUUUGAUAGAGAUCGUGGGGAAGAACCGGAGCAAGACCAACUCCGUGUCGGAGGAACACCCGAGUCCUUCUCCGCGGUCAUCGCGCGGCAGCAAAGACGAGGAGGGAAAAACCAUCAGCGGGGCCGGCAACACCCCGAGAACCAACCACAAGUUGCCUGUUGGCGGCAACGUGAGCGCCGCCAAGCAACCCCCUGCCAGCACCGCCAGCACCCCCGCUCAGACCCCUGCGGCGCGACGCUCCAUCAGGCAACACCCUGCGGACGACAAGAAAAGUGAUAAAGUGAUCUCAGUAAACACACAAGUGACCAACACCAAGAUCAGUGCUAGUGUUAGUGCCAAGAACAGUAGCAACGGCUGUGCCGCAGCAACACGAGGCAAGACUAACUCACCCCCCUCCACUGCUGCCACCGCGACCGACGAAAUCAACACUCGACGGAAGACGCGGAGCGGAGCUGUCGUUGGUCAGUAGAUACGGAGACUCAGAAUCUACCAAAAGACGACGGCCCUCCAGAGAUAGCAAGUGAUGGAUGACCACGCCACAAUGCGUCUCAACUUAGUUACUUUUGUUUGUUGAUCAUUUGAAUUUUAUUUUUUUAAAUUUUAUGGUUAUCGGUUGUAAGUACUUAGUAAGGCGAAUCUUAUCUUUUAAUAUCUUUGUUUAAUACCUUUACUGUUGUGAUUUGACUAAGCCGUGUUAAUUUAGUCUGUUUUUGUUGACACUAAAAAGGUUUUCCAUGAUUCUUUUUUAUAGUUGCGAUUAUUCACUUUUGUAUUGUGAUAUUAUACUUUAGCCGAUUUUGUUGUGUAGAUCAGAGGUUUUUAGACUGUAUGAUUUCGUCGCUUUAUUCGUUUUGUGAGAUUUCACGCGGUAUUUAUUUUCAUCUUAAUAUUUUUUAUAGUUUUUUUCUGAUUGUGUAUUGCUUUUAACAUCAAGUCCAGGGAGGGUUUUUCAUAAGUUCAAUAUGCUCGAGUUUUAAUUUGUCGGUUCUUGUAUGGGCGUGCAGUCAGGUGGAUAAAGUGAAUAUUGCCUCCAUAACCAUAAAACGCCUUAGGUUACACUUAACCUGUACAUUUUGUAACAUUGUACAAAUGACAAGUAUAAGAUGCUGCAGAAUAUAUUUAGUGGAAACAGAUUCUAUAUAUUUUUUGUUUUUAAUAAUUUUACGUAAAUGAUAAAUCGUAAAAAUUUGUCUCGUGUAUUUAGUUAGGUAAUAUGUAUAAAUGAGUGUAAAUAUCUAGCGGGGGUCAUGUAAAUACACUUGUGUACACAGAGUCGUGUUCUUUUGUAUAUUCGUAUGUACAUUGUUGUUAGCUCUAACUUUUGUUAUACAAAUUAUAUUGUGUUGAAAUGUAUAUAAAUCAAUUUAUAGAGUAAUAACGGUAUUUUGUUUUACAACGGCUAGAUUUGAUAUCUAAAUUAAUUUGAGGAUUGAUUUUUGCCUCUGAUCCUCGGUUAUAUUCCUGUUAUAUUGAUUACCAUGUCGAGUUCCAUUAUUUUGUUUAUGUUAAAAGUGCUACUCUAUAGUAUAGGCUCCGUGUUCAGAUUAUGUUAUUUAUAUUAUACAUAAAAGUCAAUUCUCAAAGAUAAAUAUUACCACCUUAUUAAGAUAUAUGAAAUCUAUGUUUAAGGUAAAUGCUUCUGUGUCUUAAAUACCGUAAAUAAAAGUUUAAAAAUUA